CUGGACGUGGAGCUCUGUGGUGUCUGCCCUCGCUGGGCUCGGUUCAGUGUGUUCCCGCAGUGCCGAGUGUGUGUUGAGUUCUGCAGUGUUCAGCACAGUUCAAUCAUGGCUGCAGUGUUUCCCCGCAGCUCUGCAACCCUCGGCUGGACCAGGCUUGAUCUCAGGGGUCCUCCGGCGUGAGGAUGGGGGACUGGAACUUCCUGGGGGGGAUUCUGGAGGAGGUGCACAUCCACUCCACUAUGGUGGGAAAGAUCUGGCUCACCAUCCUCUUCAUCUUCCGCAUGCUGGUGCUGGGCGUUGCGGCGGAGGACGUGUGGAACGAUGAGCAGUCCGACUUCAUCUGCAACACUGAGCAGCCCGGCUGCCGCAACGUCUGCUAUGACCAGGCCUUCCCAGUGUCCCUGAUCCGCUACUGGGUGCUGCAGGUUAUCUUCGUGUCCUCACCCUCGCUGGUCUACAUGGGCCAUGCCAUCUACAAGCUGCGCGCCCUGGAGAAGCAGCGCCACUGCCAGCGUGUGACCCUGCGGCGGGAGCUGGAGACGGUGGAGCCGGAGCUGAUGGAGACGCGGCGGCGCAUCGAACGGGAGCUGCGGCAGCUGGAGCAGGGCAAGCUGAACAAGGCUCCGCUGCGGGGCUCGCUGCUGCGCACAUAUCUGGCCCACGUGCUGACCCGCUGCGUGCUGGAGGUCUGCUUCAUGAUGUGCCAGUAUCUGCUAUAUGGACACCGGCUGCAGCCGCUCUACAAGUGCGACCGGCAGCCGUGCCCAAACGUGGUGGACUGCUUUGUGUCUCGGCCCACGGAGAAAAGCCUGUUCAUGGUGUUCAUGCAGGGCAUCGCGGCGGUGUCGCUGUUCCUGAGCCUGCUGGAGCUCCUGCAUCUGGCCUAUAAGAAGCUGAAAAAGGGGCUGCGGGACCACUGCCCUGCCCUCAGAGACGGGCCAGCGGACUCCAGUGCCCCCAAUAGGAACUCUGUGGGACAGCAGGCUCGCAAGGCCACCAUGCCCAUGGCACUCAGUGGGUACACCGCACUGCUGGAGAAACAGGGCAAUGGCCCCACGUACCCCUCAAUCAUACACCCGCUGUCUGCCUUUGUGCCGAUCCAGGGCCCGUCAGCACCAGACAUGGAAAACCGGGAUGCCCUGCGCAGCCCGCUGGAACACAACAGCUCCAACAACACCAGCAGCGGGUCCCGGUCUCCAUUGGUGCAGGAGCGUGGUCCAGCUGCGUCCCCCAGCGACUACCACACGCUCCCCCAGACAGACUCCUUGCCCCUGAUAGCCACACUCCCCCUGACGGACCCCCUGCCCCAGAUGGAUUUGUUCCCCUUGAGGGAUGCAAGCUCUUGUCCAGCUGUCCUGCACAAGCAGCGGCGGGUCAGUCCGCCCUGGAACUGCAGCACUGUGAUGGAGAGCACCGGCUCGGACAGCGGAGACUCCAGCAGUGGUGGGCUCAGUCAGGGAAGGAGGACUCGCUGUGGCCGGUCCGUGUCCCGCUCAGACCUGCGGCUCACGCCGGACUCACAGCCUCACUGUGCUGCAGAAAGCCCCUCACUCUCACCCCAGCGGCAGCGGCCAGCGAUAGGCAGCAGCAGACGGGCAGACCUGCAGAUCUGAGGCUGCAGGACAGUAAUCACGGCUCAUUCUGCCGCUCCAGACCUGUUCUCUGUGGAACUCUGAAGAUGCUGUGAGAAAAGCAAGUUUGAGGAAACCUUUGAUUCUCUGUAGUCUGCAGAGCUGGCCAGCGGGAGGAGAUGAUGACAGGACGAUGCUGGACCGUGAACGCGCUUUGCUUGAAGUGUUGUUCCUGCUUGAACAUGGAGCUGCUCUGUUGCUCUAGCACAGACGGGUUUCAGUUUUGACCUUUUCAUUGCAGAUUUUGCCCAAACAGAAAGCGAGAAACUCUUCUCAGACACAUUUUUAAUAAAUAAAUUAAACUGAUUCUCAAUAUCUGUAAAUGGCUGAGCAGACUCUGUCUGGGUUUGUGAAGGUGGUGUUCCGGCUCGUGUCACACACUGCACUCAGACUGAAAGGCUUUAAAUGUUCUGGCGGGUCACGACUCAGUCUGAUUUCCACACUGAUCUCACAUGUAGAGCUCCGCUGCAGGAGGUGCUGGUCUUCAGACGCCUGUGCUGUUGUGCUGGUUGAGUGUCUUGACAGUCCUGAUUAAAGAUAAUGAUCUGAA